AUGCAAGGAUUAAACCCAACUUAUGCUCUCAAUUGUGGAGAUAGUGGUGGUGGUGGUGGUGGUGGUGGUAGUGGCAACAUGGUGGUGGUGGUGGAUGUGGAGGUUUUGGAGGAGGUGGUGGUGGUGGUGGUGGUGGCAGAGGUGGUGGUGAAUGAGGAGGAGGUGAUGUUGGAGGUGGUGGUGGCGGAGGAUGAGGAGGAGGAGGAUGUGGUGGUUGUGGUGGUGGUGGUGGCGGUGGUUGUGGAGGUACUAAAUGUGGUGGUGCAAGUGGUGGAGUUGGAUGUAAAAGUGGAGGUGGUGUCAUUUUUUUAA